CAGGGAAAAAUCAACGCCUGUAAUAAUUCGUUUUUCAACUUUUUUUUCUAUAUAUAAAAAAAAAAAAAAAAAAAAAUAUACAAUAAUCAAAAACGUUAAAUUGUUUUUCAUUUUAUUCAAUAUACGAGUUUUUAUUAUUACGAAAGUGUUUUUUAUAUAAAAGUGAUUGUUUUGAAAAAAAAGUGUAUUUUUGUGUGCGUGUGUGUUUGAUUGUGUCAAGAAAAAGAAAAAAAAAAAAAAAUAAUGUCAAGUUCAGAGGAUGAUGUAAAAUAUAUGCCACCGGAAAAUUUGGAAAGUGGUGCUACACCAUUAUUACAAUUAAAAUCAAAAGAAAAUUAUGAUGCAGCAUAUCAAAAUUUUAAAAAUUGGCGUGACACAAAAUUAUUAUUGACCAAUGAAAAAUCAUUAAUGUCAUAUUUUCAAUUAUUAAGCGAAAAAUAUAAACCAACAACAUUGUGGGCACAAUAUUCAAUGUUAAAAAAUACAAUUGGUGUUAAUGAAAAAAUUGAUAUAAGCAAUUUUAAAGAAGUGACGACUUUUUUGAAAAUUAAAUCACAAGGCUUUCAAAGUAAACGAUCAAAUAUAUUUAAGCCUCAGGAAAUUUGCAAUUUUAUCAAAAGUGCUCCCGAUGAAUUUUAUUUAGCAACAAAGGUUUCUUUAAUACUUGGAAUUGCGGGCGCAUGUCGUUCUGAUGAAUUAGUGAAAUUAAAAACAAAAGACGUCGAAGAACAUGGACAAGUACUACUUGUAAAAUUAUCGGGAACAAAAUAUAAAAAAGGACGUUCAUUUACAAUAACACCCGAAUAUUCUCAAUUAGUUAAAGAAUAUCGUAAAUUACGUCCAAAGAAAACGGAAACCGAUCGUUUUUUUCUUAAUUAUCAACGUGGUAAAUGUACAGUUCAAGUGAUUGGAAAAAAUAAAUUUUCCAGUAUGCCAAAACAAAUUGCAUUGUUUUUAAAAUUAGAAAAUCCCGAUUUAUAUACGGGACAUGCAUUUCGACGAACAGCCGCCGCAAUACAAAAGGAAGUUGGUAGCAAUAUUCUCGAUUUAUUACCAAAUAAUGACAAUGAAAUUAAUACAAGUCAAUCAUCACAAAGAACAAGUGGAAUUCAACAACAACAACAUAUUGAUAAUAAUUUACCAUCAAUUAAAUUUCAAGAAGUUUUAAUUCCUUAUCAAGAGGAUUCAGAUGCUGAUGAUUAUGAUGAUGCUGAUGAAAUUGCUCCAUUAAAACAGCCAAAAUUGGAAAUUGACUUUGAAUUAAAAGAUGGAAAUGAUCCAUUGGAAAAAAUAUUUUGAGAAACAAUUGUGAUAAAUAAGUAAAUUAUACUAUUGUAAUUAAUAAUUAAUUACUAUUAUUAUUAUUAUUCUAAUAUUAGUGAUCGUUUUUUUAAAUUAUUUUACUUUUCCCCUUUUUCGUCAUUUCGGUACUUUAAUUGAUUAAUCAAUUUAUAUUCUAAUAAUUCAGAUUUAGAAUGAUUAUUGUCAAUUAGUUUUGAGGUUUUUUGAAAACUUCUUUUCAAUGCAAAUUUAAAUUUAGAAAUAAAAAAUUCUAUAAAUUAAUUAAAAUAAACAUAGAUGAAAUAAUAAAUUAUUUAUUUCACAAAAA